CAUUUUUUUAACAAAAUGAGUAAAAGAAGCACUAAUUUCUUUUGAGAUAUUUUGAAUGACAGUUGUAAUUUGAAAUGUCUGAGAUGGCAUUGGAUGAAAUGUCCGUUUUAUCAGCAAUAUACUGUGAAAAGGACGAAUUUGAGCUACUUGAGAAAUCAGCAGAAAAGGGACUUGUAUUCCGCAUCCAGAUGAAGGUGGAAGCAGCCACCAGUGAGAGAACUCUUUUGAGUCUCCUCUUCCAGUUGCCAACAGAGUACCCCCACUGUGUCCCAAAAAUAAGUGUCAGCUCUGAACAGCUCUCCAGGAAACAAUGCCAACACAUCAAGCAGAGUCUGCUGGAAAAGGCCUCCGCACUGGAGCCAGACCCCAUGGUUCAUGAACUACUGCUGUGGCUCCAACAGAACUUCACUGAACUUACUUUAAAUGACCAGUCGCUGGUGGAGGUGCAAGAGGAGGGUGGUGAGGAGGAGAUGUGGAUAGCUCUUUUUCUAAUAGACCAUAUGAGGUCCAAAACAAAAUAUAUAAAGGCAAUUGAAAAGUGGAGCUCGGAUUUGGGGCUCACCGGAAGGCUGUUCUUGGGGAAGUUGAUACUGGUCCUUCUGCAAGGCGCAAGGAGGAGUAUCAAGGAAUACAUCCAUCUCCAGAGAACUGUGAAAGUAGAUGUGGAUUCAUCAGGAAAGAGAUGCAAAGAGAAGAUGAUGAGAAUUCUUUGCGAAACCCAAGUCUCAGACCUCAAACGGAUCUCAUCUUUUGAAAUCAAAGAGUUUUUGUCCCCCGAGGAGCUAAAAAGGGAGUUUGAGCAAGUUGGACUAUUGAAACUGUACCAAGAGUUUGUGCCCACAUUGCCGUAGCCAUCAUGGCUUUUGUCAAGUCAUGCUUUUCCAGACUGGUGCAGAUUAUGUGAACUUUAUACUUUCCAUAUGACAGUCAACGGAAGGACUAAUCUUAACAUCUGAUUAACAUUCAAUUAUGGGUUACAUUUGUGCAUUGAACAUGUAAAAGGUAUUCAAAAGGUUUAUCUACCAGCCACAUGAUGGCAGCAAAGUCUACCAUUUGAAUCAAAGAUUUGUAAAGUUUUUAGUUUAUUCAAAUCUUUUUUCAAAUUGUCACACACUGGAUAGGUGCUUUGAAAUGUGUUGUUAUACAGGGUCAGCCAUAGUAGCAUGGCACCCCUGGAGCAAAUUACUGUGAAGUGCUUUGCUCAACAGCACAUCGACAGGUUUUUCACCUUGCCACCUUAGGUAUCCACUUAGGCUAUUCUCUAGUUGAAAAGUUGUGCCUUGCUUUCAACUCCUGACAGAUUUGUUCCUCCCUCUUGUACCUCUUCAUCAGAUGAAAUACAUGAAGGUUAAGGUCAUAUGGAAAAACUUAUAUAAAGUGGUGCACAAAACUCUGAUGUUACAUGAAAGUUGCAUCAUAGGACUUAGCUUCGGAUUGCGUCUAGGAUGUUGUAUACAGAUGCAUAUCGUUCCGGUGCCUAGCAUCUGAAAUUAAUAACAGUUUUAGCCUUGCGAGCCACCCUGUUCUCGCAGGCUUAUAUACAGUGCAUUCGGAAAGUAUUCAGACCCCUUUUUCCACAAUUUUGUUACGUUACAGCCUUAUUCUAAAAUUGAUAAAAAAUAAACAUUUCUACACA